AUGAACCGCUUGUUUCUCGUCUUUUUCUUCGUGCUCUCUGGUAGGCUAUCAUCUGUUCACUUUUUCGAAGCCACGCCUUGUCAGUGAGCCGCGGAGCAGUGGAUCGCGAAAAGUGCGCAAAGGAUGUGAACGAUAGGCGUCGAGAAGUGGUCAAAAGCGGUAAUAUGCCGUCAAAAGUCAAAAAGAAAGAAAUAAAGGUCGUAAACUCGAAUUAGAACUGCAUUUUUAGACCUGCAAAUUUUCAAAAAAAGUUACAACGACACUCCGCAACUUACGAGCGCACUGUGUUUAUCACGAAAAUUUGCAAUGUUUUCUCCCGUUAAUGUCUUUUCUUUCGUCGGCUAUCAACACACAAAAAUAUCGCAAAAGUGUGCUGGAAUUUUGCGGAAAUUUUCAGAAAACGCGUCGUCUCAGAUUAGGCCACGCCCCUUUUCUACACUUUUUCGUCGCAGUUGACACGUACCGUUUUUCAGUGUUCCAGGAGGUUCAAUUGAAAGAGGCGAACCUGGGACCAAGUGCUCGGAAGGUCGUGUCAAUGAGGACGGAUUGUGUGCGACGGCGGCGGCGGCAUCGGAUUCCAGCCGAUUCGAUCUUCUUCUUCUUCUUCUCGCCUUCGCUUCCCUCGUUUUGUGCUACUGAAUAAAGUGAUCAGCACUGGGACCGUUUACCAUUUUGGAGCAUUUUUAGUGCUCAAACGCCUUCAAAUUCACUAAAAUUCCAUAGUUCUAGACAAUUUUUUGGCAAAUUUUCGCUUUUUCCGCUCUAAAUUUGAGCGGAAAACUAUUGUAGAUCACACAAUUUUUUUUUGAUCUCUACGACAUUACUCCACUUGGUCGGGUGGCAAACGGAACCGCACUGCUCAGUUCCACGUCAGUUCCAUCUGCCCCCCCCCCAUUAUCGAUUCGCUUUUUUCCGUCCGAGAUUCCGUUUCUUCUCACUUUUCUCACUUUGACUAUUGUAGACUUCCGAGAAAAAAUGUCCUAUUCGUCGCAAUCCGACAGUCAAUCGAUAAUUGAGAUGAAGAAGGCGAGAGCGCAAGGCGAACGUGUACGCGUCAACAAUGUACGCGUUUUUUUUUGAGGUAGACACCACAAACACUGUUCUUUUUUUUUGCAGUUCAAUCAAAAGUUGGACGAGUUGAAGGACGAGGUGCCGUCGCUUCAGGGCGCUCUUGCAACGAAGGUAUGUGCUGGUCGAUGCACCAUGUGGUUUUACAUGGUGCAUCGCACACGUUUUCCGGCUAAAUCGACCGUUUUUUCGUGGAGAAAAUGGAAAAAACGAGCUAUUAUAGAUGGCAGGAAAACGUCCACAUGGUGCAUCUCGGCCAAUGCACCAUGUGAACUUGUUCCGGUUCCGAUGCACCAUAACAAGUGCCGAUUUUGCAGCAAGAAACUGUGACCGAAGCGCUCGCGUACUUGCGUGAUCUCAAACGGCAGCUGAACCUUCCGUUGGCCGAGGAUCUGAGUCCGAAGGUGGCUCGCGAGCUUCCAGUCGUUCCGGGCCGUUAUCCAACUACACCGUUUCCAACACACGGACCAGAGGGACCGGAGGAACCGGAAGAACCGGAAGAGGAAGUCGAUGUGAUGACCGUGGUCCCAAUAGUCCACCCGCCGGUCUUCAGUUGUUGGAUCCACACAAAUAUGGAUUACAUACGGAGGACGAUGGCGCCGGAGGACUACCAAAGAGCGUCCGAUCAGCUGGGAAGAUCGUUGGCACCGAAGCGGCCGUGGUUCGAAGCCGGUCCCAGUGGACCACCGGCCAAGCAAGCGGUUCCACUGGUUGGCGGUCCGUUUUUGAAUGCGGUCCGACUGGCCGAAGUCCACCAGAAUGCGUACAUGUUCCCGUUCACGAUGCCCGCCGCCUACUCACUCAAUUUCGGCACAUUUUUGAAUUUGGUCAAUAGCGAGCGAAAGGAGGAGGAGGAGGAGAAUUGCGAGAAGGAGGAAAAGAAGGAGGAAUGA